AUGAUGACACCUGUCGACGGUACUGAGCGCACUCGCUGGGAUGAACUUUGUUCAAUUGUAAAGAUUGUACUCGAAAUCGGCACUAUAUUCGAUUCGAAUGGCGUCGACAUCUUCUUCCUCAAUCGACAAGCUUUCCUCAAUAUCACCGAUCCCAUAGAGGUCGACCAGGCAUUCGCUGGUCGUCCGAGUGGUUUCACGCCGCUGGCACCUGCUCUGCGAUCCAUCUUUAAAUUACCAGCAGCCCAUCGAGGCCACGAUAAGAAGUUGUUGGUAUUCAUCGCGACCGAUGGAGCGCCAACUGAUGAGAAAGGCAACUCCAAUCUGCCCGAACUUGAGCGUGUCAUGCGCGACGAGCGUCAAUCGGAGACCACCCAUGUGAUGUUUCUACUCUGUACCGACGAUCCAGCUUGCGUUGACUACCUGAAUCAAUGGGAUCGGACGAUGGUACAUGUCGAUGUCACCGACGAUUUCAGAACGGAAAGAGAGAAAAUUCGUCGUUAUCGUGGACCUAACUACCCAUUCUCACUUGGCGAAUAUAUUAUUAAGGCACUGAUCGGUGCUAUCGAUCAAGAAAUCGAUAAUCUGAACGAGCCCGGUCUAACGCAAAGUGCUGGCGGCCAAUAA